UUUCUUCGGCCUUGUAGUGCGCCUGUGCCACCGCUUCCCGAGCUCGUGUGGUAUCGACCGUCGUAACGGGUGACAGAGCUAUCCGCGGCAGAAGACGGGCCACUACUAGGACCGGUGGACCAGAGGUGGUGAGUCGAGAUCCGGAUCUCUGGGCGAGCUGCGGGCGCGUCAACAGGAAAACUGCUGCUGCUGCGGUUGUUGGCAUUGCCUAGGCGAAGUAUUGAAAUCCACUUGGAGCCAGACCGAGGGAAGGAAUGCCUCCGGAGCCAGAGCUCGCACACCCUUCCUUCUCCCGCCGGGCCAGCAACACGUCCGCAGCGUCGUCGUCGUCUAGGACAUCCUCGGCAGAAAAGGCUCACGCGAAGUCUCUCAGGAACGCUGGGAAAGAGGCGUUCUUGACGGUGGUGAGGGAAACAGUGCAAGAGCUUGGGCUUGAGGCGGCCAACGAAGCCAUAGAAGAGGAGGCAAUCAGGAUGGAGGAGAUGCAAACAAGGCGCUCCGGCAGCAGUCGAUCGUUCCAUCACAAACGAACCGCGAGCCGCGGCAGCAACCAUGAUCUCAUCACCCCAACGUCGCACGGCCGGCCCGGCCUCGGCGCCAGUCAAGACUCGGCCUGCGGCUCUCCAUUCCGGUCCUCAACGUCCUCCCGCACAGUGGGGAGCGGUCGGCGCUCUAGCACCGGAGGGCAUCAUGGCGUUGGCGUUGAUGCCGCCGAGCCGUCAGAGCGCCGGCGCCGCCGGCAUAGGAAGUCUUCCAUGGGGCAGGGGGAGGGGCAGUCGAUCGUCGCCGCGGCGAUGGCCAACUUCGGAGAUGGUGUCGGUGCUAACCCCGGUGCCAUCCCAGAGGAAGGGAGAGACUUGUCGAGGUCGCUCCAUGGGUCCUAUUCUGCCGAUCCGGGGGAUGGUGCGGCUGCUGCUGAGGCUGCGGUGGGUAGGCCGGCGGCAGUGGCAGCGGAGGGGGGAGGCGAGGCUACUUCGUUCCGGAACACUGCGGAGACAAUGGAGGACGACGAGAGAGAGACGCUGUUGGCGUUGCUCACCGGGGCGUAUGGCCAGGUGAACGACCUCACGGACGAGCUCAAGAUAUCUCUCGACAAGCUCAACGAUACAGAGAAGGAGCUCAAGGCGGUCAACGCUGCCCACGCCAAGCUGCAGGCCAUGCGCAACCCAUCCCCUACGCCUUUAAACGGCCAAUCAGGCGCUCACGCAGAAGGAGGUACCCCGAAGCGAUCCCCCGUUUCGAAGCUGCUCAAGGAUGUCUUGCCGAACGACGAGGGCGGUAAGUCUACGCCGGCUGCCGUUAGGCAGCUGCAGGUGGAGGUGCAAAGGCUGAGACAGAGGAACGCUCAGGCUCAUUCCAAGGAGGAGAAGUACAAGUCCGAGAUCGCCCACUUGAAGAGGCUGAUGGCGGUGAUGGAAUCGCAGGUCGCCAAAGCCGACCAGGACCUUGGUAGCGCCGACGCAUCCCGUGGCCGUUCUGCGAGACAGAUGUCGACGGCCGGUGGCGCGCACUCGCAAGAUGGGGCGACCAAGCCGCUCGUGGCACGCGUGGCCGAGCUGGAAGAGAAGCUUGUGGUCUGCAGUAUGGAGAACGCGACGGCGAAGCAGGAGCACCUGACGUCACAGCUGGCAAGCCAGAAACUUGACAAGACUCUGCAGAAGCUGAGGCACGAGCUGGCCAAGUCUCGAGCCAUGAACGACCUUCUCCAGAACGAGAUCGACCGGCUGCAGGGUCGCGACCCAGAGGGUGAGGCGGACGGCAGCGGUUGGCGGCGAUGGCUGGGUGGGGUACAAGAGCCCUUGUCCCCGGAGCCCAACCCCAUUCAGGUUACCGGAGGUAGCGACAGUCCGGUGGUGGUGGUGAGAGACCUUGACAACAACCAGCUUGUCUAUGCCCCCGGUCGCUCCCAGUUCGGGUGAUGUGACCCCUAAUUGCGAUCACGUGACUGCAUUCGUAAAGAGAGUGCGCGGGGUGUGCUGUGAUGGGGGUAUGCACAUGGGAUGGUGCAGUCUAGGGGGAGCUAAGCGGGAGGAAGGCACUGGCCGUGGCCGAAGGUUAAAGGAAGCGGCGAAGAAGAAAGGGAGCAGGUACUGGGCGGCGAGUCCUGUUGCAUGCUACCCAAGCAGAAUCGUCUGAAUGGGUGGCACGUCAUAGUUUUUUCAUGGAAAACCCGAGCACGUUGUUGGCUGUUAUUUUGGCGUUCCACCGGUGGUUGACUUGUGUUCCUCACAAAUGUAUGUAACACGGCGCGUCACGGAUCCUUGUGUUUUGAAUUUUGUCACGUAUCAGGUAGUAGCCCUUAUCGUGGUUUUCAUCCCAAAUACCCGUCCCACAGGGAGAGGGCGGGGAGGUGGGGGGGGGUGAAGUGUUGAGGGACAAAUGGCGGCGACGAUGCACUCGUUCUUUAUUGAUUAUUUCUCCCUGAUGGAUGUGGCUGGAUCGCAUUCGAGGUGUUGACGUCGUUGGCCUCGGCGUUGUGGUUGCUACGGAGAGUUUGAACGUGGACCGCUGACAGUUGACCUGCGAUGUCAACAGAGGGUACUGCACAACCUGUUGUUUACUACCUCAAACACGAAAGAAGGGCCGACCGCUGCAGUGCCUGCGCAACAGAUGAUAGCCGCCACUUGUUUGUCGAGGCCGUUCUCUGGGGCAUGCGGAGGGGCGGGGGAAGGGGUAUGGCAGGGGCCAAUAGCGGCCCUGCGCAUUAGUCAAAAUAUUUCUUAGAUUGGGUUUAGGUGCGUAAGAUAGCCCGUGGAGUGCACUCUUUGUACGUGCUGUUCAGUGUUGUCUGUUGAUUUCCUCGCGCCUCUCUAGCCUGUUUGUAGCAGAGAACUCCCUGAUGUUAUCAUCUGUUGGCACGCUGUCAUGAUUGCAUGCCAAUACUAGUAUUGUCGUGGCCACCAACCCUGGGAUAGUUUCGAUGUACAGGCCUAGCGUAGCUUGGUUGCCGACGAGAGGGCGGUCGGUUGUUGGUUGGCCUGGCAGCAAUGACUAUGUGGUAGAGGCGUGUUGUUCGUUGUUCGGCAGCACGUCCGCGUAUGGUGGCGUUUUGAGGCUCGUGCUCCUGUGGAUGACGGGUGAUACAAGCAUGCAUCAAGAACUCCGUUGGCGGCGCAGGUUCCUCACGGUUUCGUUACGUUUCGUUGACGCAUCGCGUGCCGGCGUCACGACAUGGAUGGCUCGGGUUGGCGUCGACUGUUUCCAACCAUGCAGGUCAUGAGUAUGCCGCCGUUUGCGCGAUCCCCAUGGGCUCUUCGCUAUCCACAUGCAUACAUAGAUUUUUCCGUUGGUACGAGGAUAAGAGGUAGGGCGCCUCCGAAAUAAUGAGAUAGUGGAACUGUGAAAGGUUUGUAAUCGUGGGUUCUGAUAGCAUCCGAAACGAAGGCGUUUCCGUUAGUGUACAGGAGUGAGAUCCAAUAGCAAUCAGUUUUAUGAAACGACAAAGGUGGCUGGUGUUUGGGUUGGAUUCAGAAGGUUUGUGGGUUUAGGUUGGGUUAUAUGGGUGGGAUGGAUUGUCUUCGAUAUUGGAGUACACCUGUGGGUAAAGAUUUUAGCGACCAUCUGCGAAUGGGUGCACGAUAAUUUUUUGUUGCGGCAGCCGUGUCUGUUCUGUUGUUGUCGUCUACUCUCUGGCGGCCACUUUAACGUUUUUAGAGAGUAGACUAAACAUAACCUCACAGAAAGACUACCCGUUCGAGAUAAAACCUCAGUCG